AUGACUCUCCCAGCUCUCCACCCUACCCGGCUAGGCAGUUUGGCACCUCCGGAAAGCAAUCGAGAUGACCUAUUGAGACUAAAGCCUGCCCCUCCCAGCAAACCCUGCACAUCUUCUCCAGGGAAAGUCGGGUCUUGGAAGCUAGCCGGAAGCCAGACCGAAGAGGAAUGGAACUUAGCACUUGCCGGGGAAAUACGCCCAUCCGGUCGUUUUAGUUGGAGGUCGCAGUGUGGGUUUCAGGUGGCAGCAAGUGGAGUUGCAGCAAAGAUCGUACUCACUGAUGGUAAUGCCAUAUCCGUCAACAAUGUCCAAGUGUCCUUAGAGCGCAAUGACCUGCCCACAGAGACCACCGCCAGCUUGUUCUUUGAUGAGGGAAGAGAGAGUCUACUGUACAGCCUGCUUGCUGUACUGCGUCCGGGUGGAACAGCGCUUGUUGUCGCUCCAGCACGCAGUGGAACUUUCCAGUUGUUUGCCUCCAUGUGUAGGCCACACUUCAGAGUUGUUGUGGUCGAGAAAUAUGAUGGCAUCGUGGAUGAUCAUGUCCGAAAGUGUGCACAAGACCCACACUACAACGAUAACCUCCACUUUCCCCUGCUGAUGAUACUGAAGAAACUGGGAAACAGUUGAGCUGUUGUGUGCAGCUAUUUGUAAGAUGUCCCUUGGCAUACUCUUGUAUAAGACAUCUGCUUAGUUGCAAACAGAUUGACACUUGUUUUUUUUUUGUGUGGUUGGGAGUGUGUGCGUGUGUGUGUGUUAGCUUGUGUGCUUGCAUAUGUGUGUUUGUGUCAUGGAGUAUAGCUGGUCUUUGGUCUUAACAGACAAUCAGUGUAUGUAAUGUCUAAAGUAUUCCAUACUUUGUUUUCCUACUACAGUAUUACAGAUCUUUAUAUAAGUGAUAGUAUGGCUGCCUUGCAUGCAUAACCACAAGAAUUCUAUCCCAUUCAUAGAAUUAUGUGCAAAUGGAAAAUGUGGACUGAUUUGAUCUGACUUUACUUUGAUAUUCAAGUAAAAAUUGCCCAUGGCAGGUUAUGAAUCUAGAGUGGGAUAGAGUACAGAUAUAUUGUUAUAUCAGUUUCUGGAGAUGGUAAGAGAAGGCCAUGGAGACAAACUUAUAAACUCCAUAUCAUGAUUAAUAGCGAGAUUGCAUCAGGCAGUUGUUGUGACAACUGUUAUGUUGGUGACCUAUGUUUAUUAGAUCAGGUACAAAUGCCUGUCACCACACUUUAGCAUGUGCAAGUGUGUCUUAUUUAACUGUGGCCUAUUGCUAUGAAAUGUGCUUUACGUAUUAUUAAGAAGUCUUUUGAAACAUAAGGUCAUCAAAACUAGAUGAACAGUAUUAGCUACAUGGUCUGAAACUCACUGCCAAGGUGAGGUGUCCCAUAAAAGACAUGAUUAAGGCUGUGAACUCCAAUCAUGUUUCUUAACUAGUCAGGAUUUUACACUUAGCUUGUAUUCCAUUGUUUUGUGAAAGAUGAUGCAACUUUUUAAAGGGGUGAUAUGACAUGAAUUGUUUACAUUGUUCUAAUUGGCCAUUUUAGGUAGAGAAGUUGUGUGCACUUGUAUAACAGCCUUUUUGUUUUAUUAUUAUUUUCCCGCUUUCAGAGAGUCCAAUAUUAGUAUGACAAUAAUGUGUUGACAAUACUGUGUAACAAGAAAAGAAAUGUAGUCUCAUUUUCUUGCUUGCAUAUCAAAGCUGUACAUUACAGGCAUUAAGGCUCUGUUGUUAUUUCUGUCUCUAGUGAUCUAGUCAAUGUCUAUUCUCGGGCAACUCUAGACAAGGGUCAUUUUGCCCAUUGCUUCUUCACUGGCACUCAUCCAAAUGCAUUAUUUUCAUUUGAUGUUCUGUUUGAUCUACAGGUAAGCUGCCUUUUCAGGAGACAGCCAAGAUUUGCGGAAGCAAUCAUUAAGAUAUUUAUGCAGAUUAAGUAGUUAGUCUCAAUACUCAGUUUUAUCAUGUCCAGUAGGAACAUUUCCGUAACAUAAAUACAAGCUUCUUACCAACAGAAGCAAUUUAUAAAUGGCCACACCUUCAACCUGAGAUGGUUUAGGUGUGAGUGGAAAUAGAUGUUAGAUGAUUGGUUAUUACCUGCUCAUAAGUAUGAUGUACAUGAAAAGAAUAGGUAAUUAAUGUGCUCAAUGGAUCUUAUAGUUCUCCACAAAAAAUGGCUGCAGAACCAAGUUGGAUAUGUAUUUGAAGUUCUAAUUACUCCUUAGUGUAAUGGCAGAAAGUAAUUUUUGAGGAAAUCUGCUGAUUUAGUGAAUAUUGAAGGACAAGGUUAUAUUCAGUCAUGUAUAUUCUAAAAUCAUAU